GCGGCCUUUCACGUUGGGUUUUGGGUUGUUCGGGCGGAAUGGUUUCACUCGGGACUACGGCUAGCGAUUGCUUGGACUCCAAAUGCAACAAGUAUGGUGAUGUUCUAGGCAAUAUAAAACUCUCUAGAGUUCUGAUCUUGAGCUGAACAUGCCGACAUCCAAACAGCACUAAUCCAAAAGAGAAUUGAAACUGUGCAAUCGAACUUUGACUGCCGGCGCCCGGUGGUAAGGGCAAACUUGUAGGCGGUUUGUUUUUUAUCUGCCAAUCACGCCAAGGACGUUGGAUGGCGGCGCGGCGCGGUCCUGUAUAUGGUGCCGGAUAACGAAUAAGGAGCAGCUGCAGCAGAGUUUCCGCGUCCUUUCUGUGCACGAAACGACGACGCGACGCCGGCAACGGCGGCAACCGACAACAAUAAAGGAAAAAGUCCUUGAAUGGGCGGAAGCGAUCGAGAGUGUACUUGAAAUUCGAAAAAAGCCAGCCAGCGCCGCGGUGCUCGAAAGCUUUUCACAUCAUCUCUGGUGGGGAAGUUUUUUUAUGUUCCGUGGUUUUUUUUUAUGUCUGUCUGUGAGUUUUGGCGCGCAAGUGAAACGUGAACGUGAAGUGGUGUACCAUUCACGAAACCAUCACAGUCGGCGAUGGACUUGUCGUUGACGUUAGUUUUAGUUCUUUGCCGUUCUCACAUUUAGGAUCCGUACAUCCGUAUCAGAAGCGUCGUGUUCAAAAUUUUUGGUGAUAAAUUCGCGUUUAGGAGCCAGCUACUGUAAGGAUUCAACGAAAAUGAAGAUCCCACCGUUAAAUGUGGGGAAUAUUAUCACCCCGGAGCCACAUUACAUUCCUGGUUACACUGGCUACUGCCCGCAGUACAUGUACCGAAUCGGAAAUACAUACUCAUCGCUUUCACAUAAGCUGCUGAUUGAUCCAACGGUUGCACACGCAGAGAAACUUAUUCUGGCUGAUCGGUCCACCGAUGAGUAUCAGGUAAAUCGGCCAACCAUCAAAGAGAUAGAUCCCACCGGAGUGAUUGUGCCCCGGCACGAGGAUGAGGACAUGCGAGACACCAUCUAUCGCAAACCGUUGAUGCCCGGCUACGAGGGAUACAUACCACGAACCCAGGGCAAGUACGGGCGGCGUUAUGCCGUCGUGACGAGCGAAGGAUUGAGCGAGUUCGAACGGGACUGCCUCCGGAACCGGGCCCAAAUGAAGAAGCUGCGACACCGGACGGCACAGCCCAUUUCGACUAUUUCCGAGUACAGUUUAGGCGACAGGAUGAAGUUUCAUAAACGGGAUUAUCAUUUCCCAUUGGAAGCCACGCGACCAGACGCAGCCGGUGUCGGUAAAGAAGUGCCGUUUGAAAAUCUGCCACAGCUACCCGCACUACCUUAUUCGAAUCACACACCUCCACAUUUCAUGGAUAAUACCGACGAAGAGAAACAUUUCAAAUUAGGAUACACCGGUCACAAACCGUUCCUGUGGCCACGGUUCGGCGAAGCGAACGUGUCGCUGACCAAGAAGGCACUGUGCGAUUUUACCAACAGUUACCACACCGAGUGGGUUCCGAUAUCGCCGGCCGGGUCUGGAACCUGCCAGCCGAGUGCCGCCAUGAACGAGAUCUACAUGAAGAAUAUUGGCCUGGUGCCGAGCUACAAGGGCCACGUGCCGGGGGCGAUGUUCAGGUUCGGUACAACAUUUGGCAACGACAGUAAAAAUGCCAAACGGUGCCUGAAGAAAUGCUAUGAAGAUUGAAUCAACAGUGUUUAAAAUAAAUGUUGCCUAGUAAGUACCUAUCAAUUCAAUGAUUUCGGAUAAAAGAAAUUCCCAUAUUUCGUGAAUAAAUUGAUAUGAAUAUAA